GCGGAACAACCAUAUCCACAUGGUUUGCCUCGAAGUUUCGGUGGCGAUGGAUGGUGCAUGGGCUCGACCCGGGAACACGAGGAAAUGAACCGCCGUGGAAUAGGAGGAAAUUGUUCCACAACGUGAGUUUCGGAAGUGCUGUUCCGAACAGAACAGAACAGAACAGAGCAGAGCAGAGUGGCGCUGAAGAAGAAAGAGCGAGAGCAGCAGGAGCAGGACGAGGAUGAUGGCCAUGAGCAUGACGGUGGGGGCGUGCCCUUGUCAAUGGGAGCUGUCGGAAUCGCGGCAUAGCCGGAUUUCGGCCUUUUCUUCAGGAUUUCGGGCCAGCUCGGUGGAGUUGGUUUCGAAGGUCGAACGGUUUGCUUGUCUGAGGAGCAGAGAUCCGCCGAGAGGUGGAGGUCGCUCGGGGCACAUUGCUCUCCGAAUUAGAGCGGACUUGAAUUGGGAGAAAGAGGAGGCGCGAUGGGUCAGGGAAGAGCAGAGAUGGCUCCGAGAGGAGCAGAGAUGGAUGAGGGAGGAAGCUCGUUGGGUCCAGGAGAAGCAGGAAUUGUUGCAGGAAUCCGAAAUUUUGAAGAAUCAGGUGGCGGUUUUGAAGUUGCAACUGGAAGAGCUUCGGUCUCAAGUUCGACAGGACGAGGUGACAGAUGCUUCUCUGCGGAAUUUAGUGACAGGGAUGAAGACCCUCCUGCAAGCUCUGAGUGCCCCUGUGUCGGACGAUGCUCUGACUCUGGGGGAGUCGGAGACUCGCACUGUGAAGCAAAUUCCCCGAAUUGCCUCUUCUGUUGAAGCGGAAGCUGAGGUGAGGUCACCAGCUGAAUCCAACCCCCUCGCUUUUGUAGUUCCUUCGGAGCUGAUUGCAGUUGUGACCACCAAAGAUGUUCCCACCAAGUCCAAUGGAGCUUCCAACAGCGCGACUCCUGUGGCAAGCAGGCCCCAGCCAUCCGCUCCAACCUCCCAGACUGCCAAGGGGAGUGGCGCGGCAUCCACGCCUCCAACGAAGAAAGCAAGAACUCUAAAAUCAGGAAUGGAUGGAGAUGAUGUGAAAGAGCUGCAGGAAGCUUUGGCUGAACUGGGGUUUUAUUCUGGAGAGGAAGACAUUGAAUACUCAAUGUUCUCCGAUGGCACUGAGAGUGCCGUCAAAACUUAUCAGGCAUCAAUUGGUGUACCGGAAGAUGGCCUGGUAAAUGCGAAAUUGCUGGCAACCAUUCUAGGGGUGGAGGCAGAGGAGACUGAAAAAACCGAGAAAAGUGUUUCACCGCCGAUGGGAAAGGAUGUCACGCCUCCGAAGAAAAAAUCUCCAGUUGUGGCCAAGUCUCCACCCCAAAAGGAGGAGCCUGCAUCGCGCUCGUCCAGAGAGAUUGAUAGAUAUGAGCGAACAAAUGCCGAGGACACUCAUGGGUCUCAAAGGAGGGUUUACCUCCUUGGGGAAAAUCGAUGGGAGGAACCCGGCCGUCUUACAAUUAAGGCCCAACAAAGUCAAAAUGGGAGUGGAAUGAAGUUGGUGAUUGAAAACUGCUUCUCAUGCAGGGGCCUGGGUACGAUGCUGUGUACUGACUGCGAAGGAACUGGUGAUCUCAAUGUCGAGGAACAGUUUUUGGAGUGGAUCGAUGGAGAAGAGCCAAGGUGCCCAUACUGUGAGGGCGUAGGUGCUGUGCCAUGCGAUCUUUGUGACGGAAAAGGACUCCAGGCAAUAAAAAAGUAGUUCGCAUUAGCAAGGAAGAAUGUCGUGCACCGUGAUUCGGUGGGCCACUUAAAAUUUGGUAUAAUCAAAAAGACCGAAUUGGUCACUGUGAUGUUGACCAGGGUAGGAUUGUAGUCGUGUUCUUCAUUUUUGAAAGGUCCAACCAAGAUUUGUCGUCCAAUGUUGAAACUUGCAAAGUACAGCGGGUGUGCACAGGACGAACGCGACCUUGGACAUUGCAGUCAACCAAUGUGUGUAUUAACCGAAAAGUAUAGGCUACAGGGCCACACCUUGUUCGUGAAUGGAAGAUCCUAAGUGACCAUUCUGAUUCAGGUUCGUUUGUUCCGAUGUGCAUGGACUUUAACGUUUUGUGUAUACAGAUCCCGAAACUUAGAUCUUCCCUGGCUGAAAUAGACAAGAAGAAAAUAUUUGAUUGCGUGAUG